GCCUCCGCAGAGUGCGAAGUGAGUUGUGUCCGCCUUUCCUCGCACGAACCCUGCAGCGUACGCGGCGCGCGGUCACGACAGCUGAACGCAAAAGAGAGAGUGCGCGGGCAGCGGGCAGCCAGGCUGGGGUGAAGAGAGUCCAUGGAGAGAGCCCCACGCACCGGCAGCAGCUCUCCAGCCGGCAAAGGGUCCUCGGACUCCGGAUCCAGCUCAUCAUGAGCUGGACCACCAUCGUCAUCAUCUUCGCUGGGCUGCUGAGCGCGGAGCUGCGAGUGGUGGGCGCUGACGACGCGGACGUGGUCGCCGGGGGCGGCGCUGCUGCUGGCCUCUGCGACGGCGGGCGCGCCGAGUGUGCGACGGUGGCGCCGCGGGUCGGCCCGCCGCCGCUCAUCGCUGGGCCUGGCGCCAGCAACGCGGCCGAGCUUCCAGCGCCAGGCGGUGGCGCAAAUGCAAGCAGCAAGGGUGGUAAUCGACUUGAUCUCGAUGGUGCUGGUGCGGGCUCUGUCGUUCGUGCAGAAACUCUUGGGAGUGCCGUCCAAGGCGCCGCUCUUCCGGAAAACCCCAACGGCGCCCAAGUAGAGCCACUCAAGCAGGCCACAGAAGCAUCUCCCACAGAAUCUGUCACAAGUUAUGGCUGGAAAAAGUCCGGGUUUGUACACUCUGCGAAAGAAGAAACGGAGAGCGACAGCAAGCAGAAAGACAGCGCUCUCGCUCAAGAUGAUAUGGAAGCACAGACAGCCUCUUCUACAUUCCAAGUUCCAGAGGGGGAGACUGUUAAGAAAGACGUCAGUAGACCACCAGGCCUCCAAAGUAAUGAAAAUUCGCCGACGUCGAGGUAUAUGAAGCCGGAAUCUGAAGACGAGAAUGCCAAUCUGGGGUCGAUAUUGGGUCCAGACAAGGGCAGUCCAACUACAGUUCAGCCCUCCGUUGACCGAAAAUCAGAAGCUACUCAAUCUGGUUCCAGAAAUAUAGUGACUCAGCCUCCGAUGACAACACACGCCUUUUCUGAUCAGAAGGUUCCAAUGUCGGACGACACGUUCCCCCCAGCUGCUCGAGUCAAUGAAGGUUCUCCAAUGUCUGCCAGCUUGCAAGCACAGGAUGCAGCUGGAACAGACAUUCGGGUGGAACAACAUGACAAUCCUGGCGAAACAGACACAGUAGCAGCUUCAACCACAAGGAAGCCAGUAAUGAAGAUAGUGUCUGAAGGUGUUAUACAUCCAUCCGCUAUUCCUAGUGGCCGCUCCGUUUCCCUUCCAAGUAAUCUUAUUCGAUCACAGGUUGCAGAACCGGUGCUUCAGGAUACUAUUCUUGGCCAAGCUUCAGAACCUCAGUCGGCUCAUCAAACACAUUUAGAACCUCCAUCAAGCAACCAUAAAGCAGAGUUUGGUGAACCCGCUGCUGAUUCUAAGGUCUCGCACCGGCCUCAUCCAGUUGACACAGUCCACCAGGAACUGGAAGACACUGCCCCGGGCUUUUUGCCUUCUGCUGGCCGGGUAAAAGUAACUACUACAAGUCGUUCUGGAAGUCCUUCAGUGACAGCUGAUGUGACGUACCCUCCCACUGCUAUUGGAAGUGAAGUUGUAUCUAAUGCGAAGAUUAGUCGCCUGGUAGAUCCGGUACGACAGGAGCUUGAGGAUCCCACACCGGGACCCUCUCAAGUCGCAGGAGGACUGGGUUCCAAAGUCACUGUACGCAACAGUAACACUGCCGCGGCUGCUUCGCCUGUGGACUCGAGAACAUUACUUCGGUCCCAGCUUGUGGAUCCUGUCCAUCAGGAACUUGAAGAUACCACGCCGGGUGUCAUGGUUAAGUCAGCAACAAAUGGCCCUCAGACGACAGAGGCGACUGCUCACGAUGGAGCCAGCAAGGUGGCAUUUGAAUUCACUAACCAUGUGUCAGUGAUAUAUAAUGAGACAGGUGCUGGCCCACCAGCUGACAGUAUACGAAGGGAUCUGUUGGUAGUAAAUGGCACUAGAUCUAGCUAUGCCACAGCUUUUCUACACAGUGUGCAACUAGGUGAUGAUGAUGAUGAUGAUGAUGAGUCACACUCCACUACGGCACAUGGUGGCAGACAGUCAGAGAUGGAGUCAUCAUUUGAAGACUCAGCAAUUCAGCAAGAAAAACAGAUUCCUCAAGAUGCAGAAGAUGUAGUGAGACCAGAGCCACUACCACUCAGUGCCAUCAACAGUAACGACAAUGAAACCAGGCAUGAAGAUGUGGCUGUCAGCCUUCAACAGCAGCUGCAUGCACUCAAAUCUGAUGGCUUCUCGACACAGCCACCUGUUAACACUGUGAAGCCAUCUUUGGACAAGGAUAUGGCAGCUCUUAAAGACCUCAGAUCUGGAGCAAUUCAACAUCGGACAACAGUUGAACCUGUUCCUUUAAACCAAUAUUCUAUUCAGUCAAAGACAGACAGUGAUCAAAACAAGGCAUAUGGACAACAGGAACAUGCAAGUGGUGACUUGACAGAGAGAAAAAUGAACAAUACAUCUGUGGAGAGUAAAUAUCUUGAAGGAUCAGUUGAAGGUGGUGUGUUAGUAGAAAACUCAGAUAUCAGACAAGUAAAGAUUGCCACUUCUGCUAUUCCACCAACAACAGCCAAGGACAAAACAUUGGGAAAAGAUGAAGACUUCAAAAGCAAAACGAAAGCAACAAUUGAUAGUCUCAAUAGAAAUAAAAAGCUCAUAACAGCAGCAACUGCAAAUUACAGCAACUCAUGGACAAGGAUUCUGCCACUUACUAGCAUCAAACCACAAACUUUCAACAAAUCUGAGUCAGAAGAUGGUUUUAUUAGUAGCCAAGAAAGAGAGAAAUAUGUAGUAGCUGAAGAAAAGAUGUUGGACAGUACUAAUGAUUCACAGGCUGAGUCAGCUAGAAUAGAAAGUCUCUCUGAUUCUUCUGGAACUAUACAUGAAGAGAUGAAAAUGAUUCCAAUUCCUAUUUCAACUGUGAUACCAUCAACUAUGAUUAAUCACAGACAUGAAAGAGUAGACAACUUGAAAGCUGAAACAAUAGUUCAUGCUGUAGAUGAACCUGAGGAAGAGAGUAACACUUCUGGCAGCACUAAUGUGUCACCAGUACCUGCAGUUUUACUGCAAGCAAAUAGUGGUGGAUGCGAACUCAACAACACCUGUAAUGGAACUUCAGAGAUUCAUAACAAUGGACACAUGGAAUUGUCCCCAACAACCAUUGUUUUUGAAACUUCUACCACUGCAGUAACAUCUAUCAACACUGGUUCUCCAAUUGCAAUAAGGGGUGAAAUAACAACACCAAGUGGAGAUGAGAACUGGACAGUUUCAACUAUGCCAGUUGAAAAGUCAACCGUGCCAGAAACAACAGAAAUAACUUCAACAGAUUCAUAUAUGGACACCACUAUGUAUACAACAGUACAGCCAGAAGCAACAUCAGGUCUGAUCUCAGCUGCUCCUUCAGUGAUCAAAACUGUAGAUAACUCAACAGAGAAACCACAAGAUACUCCUCUGACAACAGAGUUUUACAGCAUGACCACAAGACAGACAGACAGUGGUAAGGAUGAAGCAGUCACAUUUCCAACCACAGAGAAGAUGGAUGAUGUGGUAACAACAGUGACUACACCGAUACUGGUGCCAACAGAAAGGGAGACAACAACUAAUAAAGAGGGGAGCCAAUGGCUUUAUGGAGAUCAACCACAGGAGGGCAGCAAUAACAAUAGGUGGCAGGAAGAAGCUACUACAAUAACCAAAGAUGGAGCUAUGGACACAGCUACAUAUGUACCUGAAACCACUACGGAACAAGAUUCUGACAAAGAACUGAAUGAAUGGGAUGUACCUGAUAAAAGUGAGACAGUGACUGCAUUUUGUAGACUCAGCCUUCUGGCAUCUGGAGAGCAGGUGUGUCUAUAUCUGGGAGGGCUUCCCUGCAAUAUUGCUCAAAUUCUACAGCAGUACACAGGAAGGGUAAUUAUGUACCAGCAAGUAGUUAUCCAUAUGCCAGGGAAAGAGGUGCGAUGUGAUGACAUUACUAGAGAGAGAACUCUAGAUGUCUAUAUACAAGAUGAAAAUGGUUCAUUUGAUUAUGAUCUAAGUGUGUUGCUGAAAAGGAUCUGGGAUGAAAGCCACCCAUCACUUCCAUUUCAGAUUCUCAACAUGGAGUUAGUGAAGGAUGGCCUAAAUGACACUAGCACAGCCCCUCCUGACCCAGGUUUUGAAUCAGAUCCCAAUGGAGAAAUAACACCAGGUCUCUUAGCAGCUAUUAUUGUGGCCUGUAUAGGAACUGUCAGCUUACUCCUGCUUUUUGGCUUAAUGGUUUAUGUAAGGCGCCGCCAGAAGCGUUUCAACUAUGGACAACGCUGCACUCCAGUAUCUCUUGAUGCUUAUAGUGUUGACAGCAUCUCUGUUUACGACAGUGUCAGGUCACGGAGGAAAGGUCUAUUCAGAUCAUCAAAGAGAUCCUAUGGAAAUCUAGCUUUUGAUGACCCGAACUCUCCUUCACAUCCAAUGAACUUUGCAGGUUUGGCAAAUUUCAGUUCUGAUACGUCUGGACUGCAAGAAGAGUUUGAAGCUGUUCCACAAGUUACAGUUACAACAGAUGAACUCCCAGAUGGUGCUGAUGUGAAGAAUCGAUAUUCUAAUGUCAUCCCUCUUCCAGAGACUCGUGUACAUUUAACUGCAAAAGAAGGGGAGCCCCUCUCAGAUUACAUCAAUGCCAACUAUGUCAGGGGUCCAAAUAAUGAAGAGAAAUUCUAUAUUGCUUGCCAAGCACCUCUUCAGUCAACAAUAACAGAUUUCUGGCGUAUGGUUUGGGAACAACAGACUAAAGUCAUAUUGAUGAUCUGCAACCUGGUUGAGAGUGGCUCUGAGAAAUGUGCUGAUUAUCUUCCACCAUCAGAAGUGCUUGAUUGUCACAGACUGUUUGGUGACUUCCAGAUCACUCUUAAAAAGAGAGAAGAGAAAGAAAAAUAUGUAAUUUCAACACUUCAGAUAAAGAAUCUAGAGUCCAACCUCUGGCGAGAGGUAACACACAUGUGGUUUGCUAGCUGGCCUGAACAGGGAGUGCCUGAGGAUCCAAGCCCACUGAUUGCAUUCCUUAUAGAAGCAAGAUCUCACAUGCGUAAUGCACCUGGACCACACGUUGUACACUGCAGUCCGGGCACAGGACGCACUGGAACCGUCAUUGCCUGUGACAUUCUCAUUCGUGAAUUUGAAAGAACACGAAAUGUAGACGUGCCACGCUGUGUAUAUCGCCUACGCAGGGAUCGAGCAGGAGCAGUCAAGACCAAGGAACAAUAUAUUUUUAUAUAUAAGGUUCUCAAUCAUUAUGCAGCAAUGCUCACUGGUGGAGUUUUGGAUUCAAUAUGAAUAUUUGUGUGCAAAGCAAAAAACAAAAAAACUUUAGUUUGUCAAGAUCAUGAUGUUCCAGAAUUUGAGAACUGUCAUUGAAGCCAAAGGAAAAAGUAUUAUGAAUGGGGGCCAAUAUAUUUAGAGAGAUGUAUUCGCGUCCAUAAGGAUCUGAGACAUGAUAAGAUCAUGUGUAAAUGAUGUGUUUUGUGUGUAUGUAGUGUCCUGGCUUCCUCAUAUGGACUGCAGUUGCCUGUAGCAGUUUUGUCAAUGAGACAGAUGCACGAAAUCACCUACUGUUGUUACAAUUCUCAAAUAAUUCCUUUGUCUUUUCAUGGAUACUCGAAUGCUCUAAGUGCUUUUUAUUAAGUGCCCUAUUUAACAAUUAGUCACCGAGCACAGAAAUUUUUCUAAUGUAAGAGGCUUUGAUAGAAUUAGUAUCAUUAAAGGAUGAAUCAGCAGAAACCACCACACUGCUGCAGUUACUUUAACAUAUUGCUUUGAAAAAAAUGAAUUAAAGAAAAAAAUAUAAGUUUGCUUUAAUGCACUUUGAUUCCCAUUUCUCUGUUUUAAUGGGAUUGUCUGUGAUAUAAUUUUAAAAUUUUUAAUUUUAAGCAGAUGACUGAUUGAUUAAAAAAUUAUUUCUCUUCUGAAAGUAAAGCAUUCUAUCUGCAUGCAGAUAAGAUUAUUCAGGCCACAAUUAUUUCUGGAGGAUGCUCUCUAGGCAGCAGCAAAAUGCCUGCCACCAGCUACAACAAUUGUGUAGUUAUUUAUUCUUAAUUUAUUGUGUAUCACUGUAUUAUAUAAUAUAUCAGAACUGUCAAUUACUAAGAUUUGGAACGAUACACCAGCUAUUCAUUCAUCCAGUAGAAUGUCAAUGUUGCUUGAUACUUUAGUACUGUAUUUUAAAAUGCAAUACAUGUUCUCCAAAAAACUUAAAAAGAUGUGAAGAAUAUCUAAGGAAUGAAGUAACCACUCACCUCUCCACUCCAUUUCAGUCCAAUAUGUGACCUAUGUUUUUUAUUUAAUCUUUUGAAGCUGAAGUGUAAACACUUUUAGGCCAUUUGAGACUACUGUUAUGUGUAUAAGAUUAAAAAAUGAAUUUAUGGAAAUUUUAUCUGAUGUUUACUGUAUUUGUAAAUAAUACAUUUAAGCAGAUAUUUUCAUAUUUAUAUUUUGUGAAAUGACUGUGUGAUAUAUGAUUGUUACCUACAUUAGAGAUAAGGACAAAGCCUGUAAUCUGUACAUAAUGUUUAUGUCACAGUGAUAAUUUCUCACAAUUAGCUGCACUGCAGUUCUGAGUUAAUCAGGCUGUUAGUGGCAGUUAAAUUAUAUAAAUUUGUUAUGUACAAAAGAAGAUCCUGUCAUAUGUAAUGUUGGUCAUAUAAAAAUAUUACUGAAGUUUGUCUUAA